AAAGUGGGUGAGGCCACGAACAUGACGUUUAGUGUUUACGUCGCCGGUGCUGUGGAGAGGCUGUUCAUUCACACUCACUAAAGCACACUUCAGCUUCACUGCUUAAACUGUCAUUGGCUUCAGGCUGUCAAGUCAAAAUUAACUUUUUUUUUUUCAACGUAAAGGCAAACGAAUAGCUUGUUUACAUGUAGGAAGACUAACACAAGACGUGCUGACAAGGAAAACUUGAACGUGUCGUUAACCAGCUGAAACAACAACAACAACAACAACGUUUGUUUGCUUAAAAUUUUUAGACGUCGCGAGGGAACGCAAACUUCUCCUGUGCGGUCUUCAAGGAGUAAAAGUUACUCUUCAGCUGAAGUGCAGAAAAGAAAGGAACGGGAGAGAAACGGAGAAUAAUCAGUAUAUCUGUAAAAACACCCAGUAUAGGAGAUGGAGUUCUCUCUGAUCCCAGCGCAGCAUUAUCCAGUCACCUUCAUGGACUCCCCAUUGAAUGGCAAUACGUCCCUACAGACAUCUGUGUCUAACCUAAACGCCAGCUUUUCCCGGCCUGACGAGCAGGAGGACGAGGGCAAACUCUCUAGCGACGCCAUCUGGUUGUGGGUGGCCAUCAUUGCAACUGUCUGCAACAUUGUAGUCGUGGCAGUGGUGUGUGCCUGUGCCUUUUAGACUCCGUAAUGUGCAAGGGCACAGCCUGACCUCCUGAUUAUCCCCCUCAUUA